AUGUAUAAGAGGAAAGAUUUACGCGAGGUAAAAGAUUGUGAGAUCAUACCAGGAGACCAUGGGAGUGUGCAACAUCGUUUGGUAGUGAUGGAAUUGGUUAUGGAAAUUGAACAAAUAAGGAAUAAAAAAAUGCAAGGGCCAAAAAGGAUUAAAUGGUUUAAGCUGAAAGAGAUCGAACUUUGUAGGCAGUUUAAAGAAAAAUUUUUAGUGGAACUAACACAUGAAAUUGAAGAUGUUGAUGAAUGGUGGAACAGAACGAUGGAAAUAAUACUGAGGGUUGCUAGAGAAAUACUGGGUGAGAGUAGUGGCAAGAUGUUCGGAAAUAAGGAAACGUGGUGGUUCAAUGAAGAAGUGAAAGAUGCAACAAAGCAAAAGAGAGAGUCAAAUAAAAAGUGGGAGGGGGCCCAAAUGGUAGAAGACUGGAUGGUCUAUAAGGAAGCAAAUAAUUUGGCAAAGAAAACUGUAGCAAUUGCUAAGGAUAGAGCAUAUGAUCAGUUUUACAAAGAGCUAGAUACCAAGGAAGGGAAAGGAAAGAUCUUUAAACUGGCACAAAUGAGAAAUAAGAGUACCAAGGAUAUAACACACAUAAGACAGAUGAAGGAUAAGGAUGGAAAUGCACUGAGAGAUGAGAGAGACAUAAUAAGGAGGUGGGAAGAAUAUUUUGAGGCUUUACUGAACAAAGAAAAUGAAAGAUUUCUAAGAGGAGAUGGACACACAAAUUGUGGACCAGUCACAGAAAUAACAAAAGCUGAGGUUAGUGGCACUGGGAAAGAUGAAAAAUAG